AAUAGAAGGUGAUGUCGAACCAAUUGGGGUUAUAAAGAAUAUUGAUUCUCGUGAUUUUACAGAGCUUCGUAUAGUUGAUAAUAAUGACGUUAUAGACAUGGAUAGUAAUAUUGAAGAUAUUGGAGGUCCUGUAUUUAAUCAUUAUAAUCGUGCUUAUGUGAGUAUAAAUGGUAUAAUCAAUGGUGCUAUAGGAGAUAUUACCUUAUCAACAGGUGUAGAUACAAUUAUUGAUGAGGCUGAGUUGCGCCUUGUUAAUUUCCGUAGAGAAAUUAUUUAA